AUGACUAAAAAUACCAAGAAGGUCGGAAUUGUUGGCAAAUAUGGAACACGUUAUGGUGCAUCCUUCAGAAACAUGGUGAAGAAAAUUGAAAUUAGCCGGCAUACCAAGUAUACCUGCUCCUUCUGUGGCGAGAUCAAAAUGAAGAGACAGGCUGUGGGUAUUUGGCAUUGUGGAUAUUGUAUGAAGACAGUAGCUGGUGGUGCAUGGACCACCUCUGCAGUCACAGUCAAAUCUGCCAUCAGAAGACUGAAGGAAUUGAAAGACCAGUAA